AUGCAUCCGACCCGUUCGAGGGCCUCGAUCUGCAAGACCAUCAUCAAGAACAUCCUCGGCGACAAGAUCGAGAAGGUCGUCGUCUCCGACCGCAUCGUCGACUCCCCGUGCUGCCUCGUCACCGGCGAGUACGGCUGGACGGCAAACAUGGAGCGGAUCAUGAAGGCGCAGGCGCUGCGCGACAGCAGCAUGGGCGCCUACAUGUCCAGCAAGAAGACCAUGGAGAUCAACCCGGAGAACGGCAUCAUGGAGGAGCUCCGGAAGCGCGCCGAGGCUGACCCCAACGACAAGUCCGUCAAGGACCUCGUCAUGCUGCUCUUCGAGACCGCGCUGCUCACCUCCGGGUUCAGCCUCGAGGAGCCCAACACCUUCGCCGCCAGGAUCCACAGGAUGCUCAAGCUGGGGCUCAACAUCGAUGACCUUGGCGCCGAGGAGGAGGACGCCGACAUGCCCGCCCCGGAGGAGGACGGCGCCGAGGAGAGCAAGAUGGAGGAGGUCGACUGAAGAUCGAUCGGGAGGAACAGAGCCGCUGGUAUCGUGUCGUCAGUCUAGUCUGAGUUGGUCACUGUCAUCGAUCAGUGAUCAGUGUCGUUGUGUUGAUUUGAGUCUAGUCCAGUCCGUGCCUCUCAAUUAGGGGGUCGUGUAAUGUAGUGUGUCCGGCGUGAGUGAACUGAAGGGAGUUUCUCCCUGAGUCCGUGUCUUGUUCAAAUCUGAAGAAAUGGAUUGAGUUUGAGAGUCUGA